GUUUUGAUGUAAACGUAAUCCGAUGUUUUUAAUGCAUUUGAUUUGCAAUUGACGGCGAUUCCCAGUUUAUGUAGAAACUGUUUGAUAGGUUUACGUCGAUCAUGUCAGAAACAUACGUCAAAGCAGAUUCAAAUCACACGAUAGGAGUGGAGUUUGGGUCUAAGAUCGUAAACGUCGGCGGCAAAGCUGUGAAACUACAGAUCUGGGAUACAGCAGGGCAGGAAAGAUUCAGGUCGGUGACGCGGAGUUACUACCGCGGCGCCGCCGGGGCGCUACUCGUCUAUGACAUCACCAGCCGUGAGACGUACAACGCUCUCACUAACUGGCUGACGGACGCACGAACCCUCGCGAGCCCCAACAUCGUCAUCAUCCUCGUCGGCAAUAAGAGGGACCUGGAGGCGGAGAGGGAGGUGACCUUCCUGGAGGCAAGCCGAUACGCGCAGGAGAACGAGCUGAUGUUUUUGGAGACGAGUGCGUUGACAGGAGGUAACGUGGAGGAGACCUUCCUGAAGUGUGCGCGAUCCAUACUCACCAAGAUAGAGCAAGGUGAGUUGGAUCCGGAGCGGAUGGGAUCAGGCAUUCAGUACGGCGACUCGUCCCUGCGUAAGGUUGGCCGGCAGCCACAGACGCGCCCGAGACCAGACUGCACCACCUGCUUUACCUGAACGCCGCCGCCGCGACGGUGGCGCCCCUGCGCGGUCAACGGUGGUGCCCCGGCGUGGUGGCGCCCCCGCCGCUACUGUGGCGCCCCCGUUUGGUUGCGACGCAUGCUGCCGGCUGAGAGGAAGGGCAACGUUGGCAUCCGUGCGCGGGCGUGCGCGUUGUGUUGAUGACAGCUAGUCUUGUUUAGCCAGACGCGCGAGGUCGCAAACUCAGCGUAGGUUCCCGGCCGUCUCAUGCGCAAACGCGAGAUGUCGCGAGAAAAAGCAGUUCUAGUAGAUGAUUUCUCUCUAGCUCCUACUCCUCGUGUCACAAGCGCAUCUAGUCUUGACCGUGUCCGUGCGUACGUGACAUCACGGUCGCCGCCGCCGCCGCCGCGGCAUCAUCACGUACCCAGUAAUGUAAUCAAAAGGCGUGUUCAACAGCGCGAACGCUCGCAGCAUGAACGCAGCGCCACUUGAACGACACACGAGCGCUCGCUUUA